UCUUCUUCUUCUUCCUCUGAACACAUGGACAGGUAGGACAGGUUUGAGUCCCAGCAGCUCCUGUUUCUGAUCAGGACAUGUUUUUAUUGUGUGUUUUCUCUGAGAGAGUUGGAGGUUAAACAUUUAAACAACAGUCAGACAUUAUAACAAAGAGAGGACAUUUUGUUAAAGUGAGGACAUUAUAACAAAGAGAGGACAUUUUGUUAAAGUGAGGACAUUAUAACAAAGAGAGGACAUUUUGUUAAAGUGAGGACAUUAUAACAAAGAGAGGACAUUUUGUUAAAGUGAGGACAUUAUAACAAAGAGUGGACAUUUGAUUAAACAGAGGAGAUUUUAAUAAAGUGAGGACAUUGGUUUUAGGUUCAGCGUAAGUGAAUGUAUUAUAACAGUGAGUGUCCUCACAAAUAUAGAUGUACAAAUAUGGGUGUGUGUGUGUGUGUGUGUGUGUGUGUGUGUCUCACAGUUCAGUAAAUAUCCUCUGUAACAGUUUUUUCCUGUUUAACAUCAGUGAGUCAGAGUAAAUGUACAAACAUAAUGGCAACUGACUGUAGACAGGAUGCAUAUAAAUAUAUAUACUGUGAUGGAUAAAUAUGUACAGUGAUGGGUGACAGCUUCUAAACAUUAGUAAUAAAUAUAUAUACUGAGAUGUAAACAGAUUCGAAACAGUAAGAAACCAGGUAACCAGGCCGGUGCAGCAGAACAUGUAUCUACAGUAUGGCAGUAGCAUAAAGUAGAAUAGUUUAAAGUGACAAUAAAGGGACAUCCGUGUACCAGAGCGGUGCGAGCUCGAGAGCUCAAGGGUUCAGCAGUCUGCAGCAUGAAGCCGUCCCUGGGCCUGGUGGUGCGGGACAGGAUGCUGCGGUAUGCGGUUUGUGGCUGGGCUGAUUGGGGUCUGUAAGGAUCCUGUUGGCCUUCUUCCUGCACCGCUCGGUGUAGAGGUCCUCCAUGGAUGGCAGCUCCGUCCUGGUGAUGUGCUGAGCUGUUCUCACCACCCUCUGUUGAGCCUUACAGGCAGUGAUGCAGCCAGUCAGGAGACUCUGCACCUGCAGAGUCCAUGUUGAGCCUCCUCAGCCUGCGGAGGAAGAAGAGCUGUUGUCUUGCUGUUUUUGUGAUGGUGUCAGUGUGGUCUGCGGGCAUUCAGGCUGACGAUGAUCUGUAACGUCACCACUCUAAAGGAGAAGCAGCUGAAGGAGAUCCAGGCUCCGACCACCAACCUGUACCUGCCGAUCCUCUACCUGCUGGCCUUCAGUGUGGGUCUGCCCUCCAACCUGCUGGCUCUCUGGGUCCUGCUGUUCAGGACCAAAACCCUGCCUUCCACCACGCUGCUCAUCAACCUCACUGUCGCAGACUGCCUGCUGCUGCUGGCGCUGCCGUUCCGCAUCGUGUACCACUUCAGAGGAAACCACUGGGAGCUGGGCGAGCCCUUCUGCCGCGUCAUCAUGGCGAUGUUUUACGGCAACAUAUAUGGGUCUGUACUGUGUCUGGCGCUGGUGGCGCUUGACCGAUACAUCGCUUUGGUACACCCGUUUGGCGCCAAGACACUGCGCAGUCAGCGUACAUCUUUGUACAUGACGGUGGCGGUGUGGAUGGUGGUUCUGGCCGCCAUGCUGCCGCUGCUGGUGUCACAACAGACCUACGUGCUGGACAAGCUGAACAUCACCACCUGCCACGACGCGCUGCCCGAGAAGCUGCAGGAGAACUUCUUCUUGCCGUACUUCGUCACCUUGUUCACUUUCUGCUUCCUGCUGCCCUUCCUGGUCGUGCUUUUCUGCCACGGCGCCGUGCUGCGCACCCUGCUGGCCGAGGGGAAGCGCUACAGUCACGCCAUCCGGGUGACAGUGCUGGUGCUGCUCGUGUUCAUCGUGUGUCUGCUGCCCAGCAACAUCCUCCUCCUCCUCACCUACGCAGACAGAUCGCUGGACGGAGACGGCGAGGACUUCUAUGUCCCCUACAUGGUUAGCUUAGCGGUUAGCACCUUCAACAGCUGCAUCGACCCCUUCAUCUUCUACUACGUGUCGGUGGAGUUCAGGGAGAAGGCCAGGAGUGCUCUGUGUUGCCGCUGCGACUCAGAGGACAAACCGUCUUCUCUGGGGAACAACGUGUCAUACUCUUCAUCAUCGGGUCUGAGGUCAAAGGUGACCCUGCUGUCCAAGUCCAGUCAGUGACUGAGACGGAGUGAGGAGGACAAACUGAUGGUCACAUGAUCAUUGUCAUCAUCCCAGCUCACUCAAACAUUGAUGAUAUUUAACUGAUUUAAUGUUGCACUGCUCCGUGUUGAUAUGAGAGCAGAAUUGAUCCCUGAUGACUUGAUUGAUUGUAUAUUCUGAUAAAAAUCAUCUCCUGUCAGAAACCUCAUGAUUAUUACUUUAUUUUCAGAAUCAAGACGCUUCAGCUCCCAUCCGGAAGUCAUUCUCAAUUGUGAAAAAAAAUUGGACGGGAACUCAGAAAUUUAAGCUACUCUGAGUUACAUAAGCCCCGCCC